AUGUGGAUGCAUACGUGGUCGUGUCUGUUGCUAGUCGCGCUCAGCGUGUAUGGAGAACAAAUUCAAGACCAUAAUGAAGUAAGUUUGGACCUCUACAAGACUCACUUAGUGGAUGUAAGCAAGAACGUAACUGUUUCAAGAAAUAGCACGAGCAAUAUCGAAGAUCAGACUAGUGAAGCGCGUUUUUUAAUGCCGUUGUUUUAUGAUAUUUCCUAUGCAAUAGCAAGCAAGUUAAAUAUCGAUCCAAAGACUUUGUUUCGCUUCUUUCGAGUGGCAAAAGCAAGUGGAGACUGGAGUAAGAAUUUACGAGUUCGCAAGUGGCUUCAAUAUGUAGCUAAGCUACGACGCAAUCGAAAACAUGAUCAUUUCACUGAUAAAAUACUCUAUGACUUGCUUAAACAAUCCAAGACAAAAGAAGAGAUUCACGCGUUAUUUCAAGAGCUUAAACAUGAGAAACAUAUGCAGAGUCUUGCCGACAAGAUGCUUACACAUAUGAAACUAGGGUCUCUCAAUCACGAGAUGGAGACCAUGCAGCCAAAUGUCCAAGAAACGGCAAAGAAAGUCAUUGACUGGCAAAAUGUUGAGCCUUACACUGA